AUGUCUGCCGCUUCCAAGAAGCCACUGCCAGGCUCAUCUGGCGGUCGACGGACUUCAACAGAUCCACCUGGCGCAUCGCCAUCUCGCACUCCAGGGCGUGCUCCCGUUCCUUCGUCAACAGCAGCAACAAAUGGGGUCGCCCGGACUCGAUCAUUACGAGGCGGAUCUCCUAUGUCUGCGCGAUCUGCUAUGCAAAGACCCGGUGCCGGCACCUCAAAUCUCAGUCAAAGCAGCGUCGCGUCCGAGGCCGAUGAUGACGCGCGAGCAGAGACGGUCGCUUUGUUGGACGACUUGAAAGAGCGACUACAUAAUGCCGAGAUUACGUCAGAACAGUUCCAGAAGGAGGCCCAGGUUCUACAAUCAAGACUAGACGAAGCCCUCCUAGAGCAAGGGAAGCUCGAGGACCGGUUGCACGAGCAGGAGGAGAAGUUGGAACUUCUAGAGAAUGAGAAGCGCGAUGCGCUGAGAGAAAAGCGUGAGAUGGAGAACAUAUACGAGGCGGAGAGGAGUUCCAUGACCAAGGAGAAGGAGGAGAUGUCCAACCGGGAGGAGGAAAUGCAAGUAAUCAUUCAGCGACUCAAGGAUUCUCUGAGUCAAAGGUCCAAUCCAGACGACGAGUCAAGGAUAUCUAGACGAUCAAAUAAUUCCUCUCCAAGCCUUGACGGGCAAUUUGCGCCACCCGCCGGCCUCAACCGCAGCGAUUCUCGCAACAACUCGAAAUUACUUCUACAGAAGGACAAAUUGGUCGAGUCCCUUCGAUUAGAGUUAGCUGAGGCACAGAUCAAGCUUGUUGAGUCUGAGAACAUGGGAGGUGGCCGAAUGCAAGAGGUCGAAAGGCAACUUUUGGAAGCACGAAUGACGAAUGCGAGGUUGAUGGAGGACAAUGAAAGCUACCAAUUGCUACUUUCGGAGAAGACAUUGACAGGUGACUUUGCAAAGAGCGAUUUCAUGGGAUCCGCUUCGAACCCAGAUGCGCUAAGCGCACUUGAAGGCCGAACAGCAGCACCAAGCCUCGCGGAUGAGUUGUCGGACGUUGCAGAAGGAGAGAGUGAUAACUACAGACGUCUAGAGGCUGAGUUGAAAUCAGCAAAGGACCAGAACAAGGCGUUAACGCUCUACAUUAACAAGAUUAUCGAACGGCUUUUACAGCAUCAGGAUUUCGAGGCGAUUCUUGACCAAUCAUCAGAUUUCAAGCCAGGAGCGAACACGGACAAGGAACUUCCUCCUCCCCCCAAGGAGCAAGCCAGCGGGGCCUCCAUCCUGCAGCGCGCAAAGUCUGUAGCUAUAGGAGCAAGCCGUCGGCCGCGGCCCCAAUCAGUGAUGGCAUCCACCAACUCCGUGGUCAGUGAUCCAGAUACCGCGCCCAGUAUCCCAUUCGGCGUCAAUCGCUCAGCCAGCUUCCGCACUGGCCGCCCGCAGAGCGAACAGUAUACUGGCAGUGGUGGAGCAGCCAGUGUCGUGAAUCAAAUGUACAAAGGCGGCCAAACCUCUCCUCCACUCCAUGGUCCUCAAACACCCCGACAUUCGCAAUCCUUCUUUGCCCCUCCACCUGUCGGCGGGAAUCCAAACGCACAACGCCGGGUCCCUAGUAGUGGACAAACUCCCUCUGCAGGUAACUUCCCUGGCAUGAAGAGUGAGACGAGUAGCAUUAGCGGAGACUCUGGAGAGGUGUCCACUCCUCCAAGCCAGAGCCCCCCACGACCGAACGUCGAGAAAUCGACGACUUUUGCUGGGAAUAAGCCCAGACCAUUGAGAUUAGUACAGGAUCACCCGGAGAAUAACCGGAAGGCCACCGAGGAAGAAGAUAAGAGGGCCAAGAGGGCGAGUUGGAUGGGCGGGCUUUCGGGAUGGGCCUUCGGGAAGAAGGACGAGAAUGCAACGGGAACGGAAGCGGUGAUCAAGGAAUGA